CGAGCCGAGAGCGUGUUCGCGUCACCGCGACGUCGGUCGUCGGUGUCGGUUUGGUUUCGCGCGGCGCGGCUCGCACAGCGUCACGGCGUGAUGAGACCCGCUCACGAUUAGGUCGAUCGGGGCCGACCCGGUGAAGGCAGGGUUGCGUGCGUGCGUACGCGCGUACACGCGUGUUACCUACCUAUACUCGCUCUCACCCGCCCGUCCCGCAGGUCCUGCUUCCUCUGGGAUCCGUCGCACGGAGGCUUUCUUCCCUUCGGCUUCCGUCGCGCGUACGUAUUAAUACGUUCCCCGCGGCCGUCGGAUGCGUCGCGACGGCGUGCCGCUCGCCGCACCUUUUUGUUUACCCGCCCGAUGGUUGGCGACGCUCGAGAUCGUCGUCGCGAUAUGAGCGCGAGGCGCACGGCCGCGGCCGGCGGUGGCAGCUGUCACAGGGAUGUCGGAGUCGGGACACCGCGGACAGGCGACGGGACAUCGCGCGGACGUCGUGCGCUAAUCGAGCUACUAUCUCCAUGCUUGGCAGCGAUUUUCUUGGAACCACUUUAAAAUCACCCCUCCGGCAUGGGCUCGGGCAGAAGAUCCGGCUCCGGGGGGAGCCGAGCGAACGCUGGCGUACUCAAGGAGCGCGCAAACAUGUCGUUCAUGCUGGUCGUCAUGUUUUUCGCCGUGUUCGGCCUGAUCGUCCUCACGGAGAUAUUCCUGAUCGACGAGAGGCGCGGCGUGAGCAUCGGCGGCACCGGGGUACUCGGGGGUCACAGAAGCGGUCAUCGAUUGCCAGCUGCGCCCGAUCGUCCGGAUUACGGAGAAAUUGGAGCCGAAGAUUACGCCGGUUUGAAGGGUAGCUUUGACGAGCAUGUCGGAUUACUGGUUCGCGGGGAAGACGGGGGUCAGAAGACGGUAAUACACCCGGAUCCGCGUGGCUUACCGAGUUUACCACCUAGCUUGGAGGCUCGUUUACCGCAGUUGGAUCAGAACCUAAAGGUCACGCAUGCCGAAUGGUUGCCAGUCACUAACACAAGGUUCAAAUUUUUCGUUUAUUCGGCAUAUUUCGACAACAGAGUUAGCGGCGCGGGUACGCCGGCUGGCGGCAAAAGUCAGGGUGUGGUACGUGUGAUUAGCGCUACUAAAACCAGAGGACCGGAGCGCGUCUGGUGUAGGCUCUGGUACCGACAGCAAAACGGUGCAAACGUCACUGCCUCGGUAACAGUAGCUGCCAAAGUUAAGGUAAUCCGGGAGAAUUGGAAUCUCAAGUACAGUGCCUGCUUCGUGAUAUGUCCGUUACCUAAAGAAUCUCCGACGACGGAUAAGGUGCCGGAGGCGGUCAGCGUCGUGGCGAGACUGCGAGCUGUCCCGACGAACCGUAUCCUCGUACAGAAUCGUUUCGAGAGCAGGAUGAACGACAAGGAGGCUUUGGCUGUCUGCGUCAAACCUUUGCAUUAUUAUUACAACAGGGUUUUGCAGUUGGUGGAAUUUAUCGAGUUGCACAGACUCCUGGGCGCUACUCAUGUCACUUUGUAUAAUGAUACUGUAGGCGCGGCGGCUGGCUGUGCGCUAAAAUACUACGAAAACAAGGAUCUGGUUACGGUGUUACCGUGGCAUCAUCUCGACAUGAUUUCCCAGCGGGAAAUUCGCACGGAGGGUCUCUUCGCGGCGCUUAACGAUUGCCUCUACCGAUCUAUGUACAAGUACGAGUACGUGGCGCUCGUAGAUCUGGACGAAUAUAUUAUACCGAGGCAUAACGACACCAUAAUCGAUCUGCUACGAUGGAUGGGAAAUCGAAUUAACAUCAAGUCCACGGGCGCGUUUUCCUUUCAAAACGCCUUCUUCUACCUACAAUGGGCCGACGAUCCAUUCGUGGUGACUAGCCGUACUCCCACCGAGGCUGGUUUGAUCACCCUGAAGAAAACACGGCGCAGGACCAAAUUGCAUCCACACAAGCAACGCUCCAAGUACAUCUGUAAACCACAGGACGUGGUGGAGGCGGGCAAUCAUUUCGUCUGGGAAUUUAUUCCGGGCCAUGGAACCCUGAACGUACCCUCCGAUGCCGCUAUUUUGCAUCAUUAUCGCGUCUGCGAGUUCGGCGGCGACGAUUGCAUCAAGACACAGUCAACGGUCGAUAGAACGGCCUACAAAUACAGAGAUCGACUCGCCACAAAUGUCGACAAGACGUGGAUGGAAUUGCGCGCCGAAUGCUCACUUCCGGAGCUCGAUCCGGUCCCGGCGUUGACACCGCGAAUCAAAGCCAGCCCAGUUGGCAAAUCGGUCAGGUAGCGAAAAACCAUCGUCGAGAUCCUAUGGGACAUUGGCAAUUUUACCGGUACGCCGAAAGUCGCGAGGACCUAUUUCUACAACUACGGUGGUCCUUAGUUUUCUCAAAUUGAGCUAAGCGAACUCCCAAUCUUUUUUCAUGAAACUCUCAUCGGAUCGUGUUUUUAAAUUUGCGAGACAGGAGAAUACGCUUACCAACGAGAUAAUAGAGAUUGUCGCGAACAAAAAAAAAAAAGAAAAAAAAACGAGAUGCGAAUUAAUCAUAUUUUUCUACGUGACGGAUCCUUGAACGGUUAAAGAAAUCUGGAGACAGCCUGCCAAGUCUAUCGAGUUUGACGCUACAUGUGGUGGUGCUUUUCUCUUACGGUUUUAUACGGACUCUUCUAUCUGUAUCUUACAAUUCUUUCGUUUGUGCAGCAAACGUGAUUGUCUGCGAAACACAAAUUGUAUUAUCGUUAAGGAGGAUUGUUACGGAAGGCCUAAAUCGCGGGCUAAAAGAAAGCAGUUGGUGAUAAACGAGCAACAUUAGAUAUUAUUCCUAUUGUACCGUUAUUUCGAGGGUAAACCUUUUUUUUAGAUACUUGUAAAUCCACACAAUGUAUCUUAUGCAUAUCCAUAGGAUCAAUAAUUAGCAUAGUGAUAUAUGUAUAAUAUGUAUUUAGGACUGAUAGAAAUUAAAUCUGCAGAGACAGCCUAGAAUACAGUAUGCUCCCAAGAAAACAUUACUUCAGAUGCAGUUCGUUGAAAAUUCUAAGAUCUAACAUUGAGAAAACACAAAUUUAUUUAAACAAAAAGAUCAGUCAGUAUAUUUUUCUUAAAAUCCUCUCCAAGAUUUUAUAAAUUUGAUUUGAAGUUUAAAUGCAUUCGUUUACUUUUUUUCUCAUGUAUCUUUUUAUGCAUCCGUAUGUAAAAGUAUAUUUAAAAAAUGGCUUUGUGAUACAAUAAAUUGUUGUGCAAUUCGUCCGCGUUUGAGGAUGAAGAGAUAUGAAAGAAGUUGAUUUUGCCGCACAAAAUUCUAUGAUUAUUUUCUAAUCUGUCAUUUUGCUAAUAAUUACUUAAAUAAUAAAUAAACAUCGAAAAUUCCGUUCGGAUCGAUGAUGAGAGUGACAGAAACUGUACAAGGGAAUUUGAUAGAAAGAUAAAAUGGAAUUGUAUCAAACGGAUACAAUUUACAAGAUGACGAAAGGAGGAUUUCUGGAAACUGAAUCAGUACUUCGUAAUGUACCGAAUGCUGUUACGGCAGAUGAAUAUAGCAAAGUCUUUCUAUUUAUUUAAUACAAAGAAAUCAUGUUUCUUACGCGCACACACAAGUUUAUGUAUAUAUGUGUAUACACGCAUAUGUACGUACAUGACACGUACAUGACAUGUAAAAUAGACUUAAGGUACAUACAUGUGAUCGGUGCUGAGCUACAGUCGACGAUGUGUCGACAUUGAUUAUGUUGACGAAAUUAAUAAAUAUGAUACUAGGACAAUA